AUGCAGCCGUUUGGGGAUGUUGGCGCUGCAUUCGUGCUGCCAUCGCGAGGCCUAGUUGUUGCCUUAGCACCCCCCGGAUCAGCAGCAGCAGCAGCAGCAGGAGCAGCAGCAGGAGAAGCAGCAGCAGGAGCAGCAGCAGGAGCAGCAUCAGCAGCAGCAGCAGCAGCAGGGUACUUCACCGCCGAUUUGAUUGCUGCUUCGCCUUUGGCUCCCCUUGUCUUCGAGCAGCAGCAGCAGCAGCAGCAGCAGCAGCAGCAGCAAGUGCAGCAGCAGCAGCAGCAGCAGCUGUUGAUGGCUGUCUGCGGGGAGCAGCAGCAGCAGCAGCUGCCGUCAUAG